AUGGUUUUUGCGUCCGACGACCUGUUCUACAACAUGACUAUCAAUGGCGGCAACGCGAUCUUCACCGUCCUCGCGUCCCAGCUUGUUGGUUACGGGUUCGCGGGCAUGUUCCGCUCGUUCCUCGUGUACCCCACCAUCAUGUUAUACCCCAUCAACCUGAUCUAUGUCAAUCUGUUUGAUGUGCUACACCGUGGCCAGGGAAAGAGCAAUGUGAUGCGUGGCAAGCGUCUUCGGUUCUUCUGGAUUCUUACUUCUGCCAUUUUCGUGUAUGAGUGGUUCCCAGAGUACAUCGCACCACUGCUCGGCGCAUUCAAUAUCGUGUGUCUCGCGGACCGCAACUCGGCCUGGGUGUCAUACAUCUUUGGUGGCGCUGAGGCAGACGAGGGCAUGGGCCUUCUCGGGUUCGGCGUGGACUGGGCUAACAUCACCAGCGCGCCAUUCUACCUGCCGCUCUCCACGCAGAUCUCCAACUACAUUGGCUGGACGCUGUGCUACCUCAUCUUGCCGCUCGUCUACUACGGCAACGUCUGGAAGUCGCAGAACUUCCCGUUCAUCUCUCAGAACUUCUCUAUGAUUUUUGCUAAGGGAUCGACGGUUCCUUACAGGUUCUUCGAGAACGGAUCGCUCUAUGACCAGAACUUGAUCCUUAACCCCGAUCUCUCUCUUAACAAAACGGCCUACGAAAUUUACGGCCAGCCAUAUCAGUCGGGCUCGAACAUCAUCUACUAUCUCGGAAUGAAUAUUGCGAUUGGCGCUACAUUUGUGCACAUUGCUUUGUGGCACGGACAAGAGCUCUGGAGCGCGUUCAAGGACUACUUCACCGGCAAGGAGAUUGAGGAUGCCCACUACAAGAAGAUGCUUAUCUACAAGGAGGUACCUUUCUGGUGGUAUGCGGCCGUCUUCCUUGCGGCAUUCGCCGCCGCAAUGGCAUGCAUCUACACAUCCAAAUCCUCGCUUCCGUGGUGGGGACUUAUUGUCGGUCUGCUGCUCGCUGCGAUCAUGCUGCCGUUCGUCGGCGCCAUGGGAGCUAUCACCGGAUUCAGCCCGUACAUGACGCCACUCUUCCAGAUGAUCGGCGCGGGACUCACCCCUGGGUCGUCGCAGGCCAACAUGUACUUCGAGUUAUACAGUAGCCAGAGUCUCACCCAGGCACAGGCGAUGCUGUCAGAUUUGAAGCUAGGCCAAUACACCAAGCUUCCGCCCAGAGUGUGCUUCAUCGUCCAAAUUGUCGGCACUAUUAUCGGUGGCGUCUUCAACUAUGUCAUUACGCAGGAUGUCGUCAACAACGAACGCACGAUUCUGCUGAGUAACGAGGGUUCACGUACGUGGAGUGGACAGCAAGUCCAGAGUUACAAUGCGCUCGCUAUCAUGUGGGGCGCUCUCGGCUCGGAGAUCUUCGGUCCGGGCGGCACGUACUUCAUCAUUCCACUCGGCUGUGUCAUCGGUCUCGGUGUACCCAUCAUCCCGUGGCUGUUGUACAAGCGCUUCCGCUGGGCAUGGUGCAAGGAGCUGAACUUUGCCGUCAUCGCAUACUACAUUGGUGACCUUGCAGGUGGCACUAACGGAUACAUCGACACCUGGAUCGUGGUCGGUCUGUUCUCGCACUUCUACAUCCGUCGGUACCGCGCUGGAUGGUUCAGGAAGUACAACUACUUGCUCGGUGCCGCGGUCGACGGGGGCUCUCAAAUCUUCGUGUUCAUCUACGCUUUCGCCGUCGGUGGUGCUGGUGGCAAUACAGUUGCAUUCCCUACCUGGGCUCUCAACCCCGCAGGCAAUGCUGACUACUGCGCAGUGACCUCGAGCUAG